AAUUAGUUAUAAACGUCUGUCUAACACUAAAAUGAUGUAAACUAAAAUGAGUUGUCUUUUACUUUUACUUCAGGCUGACUUUUUUCAUGGUGUUUUUUUUAAUUAGCUGGAAUCUGGUUGUCUUGGUGUCUCUGAAGAAGGUUUCCUGACUCAGACCUGAUGAUGGUCUUAAAACAGUAAUUAUGUUGUUGAGUCCUUUAGCAGUUAGAAGUUUUUCAGACUAGUUGCCUCCACACCCACCAGAGCACCUCCCACCUCCUCACAGAGAGAUGCCGAUCGUGUAACGGUUGCUGCUGGUGAACAGAGUCCACUCAGCCUCUCUCCUGGUGGGAAGACGAUGGAGCUGUAACAAAAUGACUCUUCUGUUUAAGUGAUUGUUUGAAAACAGAUGAAUGGGGGAGGAUGAGGGGUGAGGAGGAGUAGUGAGGAUUAGAGGUGGCCAUGUUCACAGGGAUGAUGAAGGUGCAGUGAGGUCCAUGGUGUUCUUGUCUGGCGACGACUGCUCUGACAGUCGGACCAUCGAUCUGUGCUGGACGCCUCAGUCAGAGAGCAGGUGAGUCAGGGGAUAUGUCAGAAAAUUAUAUUUUUGUAUCAUAAUAUCAAUUUAUUUCUCUAACAAAACCUGUUGUAAAUGCAGAUCUUCAUCAGAUAAGGUUAAUAUAUUUAUUUUAGUCGAGAUUAGUUGGACGAAGCUGGUGUAAAGAAAAGAGUCAAGAGUCGAGAUGAAGAAUGAAGUGAGUCUGGAAACAAUGACAAUGUUUAAAAAACUGUUCACAGUAAUCUGAGACAAAAGGAAUCCAAAUAAUACAUUAAUGACAAGAUUUUAAAGAAACAAAUGUCACUUUUGGUUGAUAGUGUUUUUAAAUAUAAAGUGAAGUAUUUUACAUGAAUAUCAAUUAUUUGAAAUGAAAUUCAGUGUCACUAAACCUGGAGCAGUGGAGCUGAGGAGAGUCAACGCUAAAAGACACUUCUUUGUGCAAACACACACACUCACUAAGUGUGUGUAACAGUGCAGGUGAAUAAUGUAGCAGCUGACGUAGCCUGAGUCAAUAUUUGAUCUUCCUGCUGUAGAGUGUUCCUCAGUCUGAUCUGUUGAGUCCUGGUUCUGAUGUUUCAACAAAAACCAACAUGUGUUUUUGGCAUAUAUUACCCAACAUGCAGCAGCAUUUCCAGUUGAGCAAACACUCCCCCUCCUCCUGACCUCUGACCUCCACAUUCCCACUUCCUUCCUCUCUGUAUAAAACUGAACCUGGAUUCCAACCCAGUGUCUGCACACAUCGUAAAUCCUCAGGUGCAGAUCUGUUCAAAAUGGCUGUCAUUCCUCCCACACAGCUGCCUUCUCAUCCCUGAUGCUUUUAUUGAUCGCUGAACUGAUCACUGUUUUGAAUCAAACACUCUCACCAGUCUGUCCUGGUCCUGGUCCUGUUCAGGUCAUAAACAUGAGUGUAUGACAAUCUGCAUGUGUGUGUGAACAUGUGUUUCUGUGAUUUAUGGACAAUGUGUGUGGACCGACCACAUGACUCCACACGUAUGUGUGUGUUAUUUUUAUCAAAAGAGAGUAAGCCACACACACACACACAUACUUGCAGACCACUCCAAAAUUAAAUCGCAAGUUUUAUAUCCGUAAAGUCAACUUCAUAUAAAUGUUUGUAAAACACCAUGUGUGUGAUUCUUUUAUAACAAAAAGUUUAUUAGUUUAGCAUUUCAAUACCUGACAUAAUAAUCAAACACCUGAUAAUUAGACAUUCAGGUGGCGUUACAGAACAAAAUGUUGAUUUGUGUUCUCUAUUUUUCAUUUGUCAUCUUUUUACUACCACAUGUGUACAAGGACUGUUGUCGCUAACAUUAGAUCUGGUGUCUGUAGCAGGACUGUAGUUGUUCUCUGCCGUUAUGAAAUCAGUAACAGUUACAGUUACAGUUACAGUAUCACUGCAGCACCAGCGUCUCCUCCUACCCUCAUGUUGAAGACCAUAACCAUCAGACAUAAAUCAGCAGCAGACGUUCAGGGUCAGGUCGUCGCUGACAACACAACAACCAGCUGAAGUUGUUUUCACCUCUGUCCCGUCACCUUCGUCCUUUCACUGAUGAUCAGUUUAAACCACGACACACACUGGUGUUUUUAGUUUCUGGUUCUCAAGGUUAGCUGUGUGUGUGUUUGAUAGUGGAACUAUGUAAAGUACCAGUUCAUGUGUCUUUGUUUGAUAAAUAGUUCUUCAUGUACAGUUCUAAUGCAGAUGGAUCGUAGCUGUGGUCAAACUGGAGGGUCUGGUUCUACUGGGUGUAUGAGUUAUAAGUUAUGUAAAGGUAGACCACAUGGACAGAUGUCCUUCUGUGAUGUCUUUUGUUUGUCUCCACUGACAUCUCCUACUGUCUAUGAUGGUGGCUCAGUAACUCUGGUAGCAACAACGGACUUCAGUUUCCACACGUCUCAAAUGAGAUGUUUCUGUGGGCAGGAAGACAAACCCCAGACCGCAGGAAUGACCGCAGGUCCAUCUACCAAAGGUUUCGAGAGUUUGAGUUCCUGGACCGGAGGAAGAGGGUGACAGCUCUGAGAGCAGGAGAGGACCGGGCCAUUCUACUGGGCCUCAGCCUGGUCUUCUUCUCCAUCAUGAUGUACUUCAUCGUGGGAAUCACAAUACUGCGCUCCUACUCUGACAGUGUGUGGACAGAGGAGGCGAGCUGCACCGUCCUAAACUCCACCCUCAUGUGGGAUGUCAACUGCUCCUACGGCUGUGGGGCAGAAUGCUGGAAGAGCUCCAAAUACCCCUGCCUCCAGGUCUACGUCAGCGUCAACACCUCAGGGAAGGUGCUGAGACUCCUGCACAACGAGGAAACGCAGGAAAACAACCCUGAGUGUUUCUUCAUCCCUAAGUGUCAUAAAGACUACUCCCUCACUCACACCAUCAUCCAGAACAUUUCUGAUCGUCUCCGGACUCAGCACACUGUUCACUGCUUUGUGGAUCCUUCAGAAAAAAUGAACUGUGCUAUCCUGACCCAGAUAUAUGGCCCAGUCACUGUCUUCCACUCCCUGCUGUGGCCCACCUGCUCCCUCAUUGGAGGAACCCUAAUCAUCGCCAUGGUGAAGCUGACCCAGUACCUGUCUGUCAUGUGUGAACACCUGAGGCAUGUGAGGAUGUGAAAGGGUUAAUGAAGCCAGAACUUCCUGUUUGUAAAUAGACUGAAGCAGCAGGACGGUGGAAACCUGUCACUGACAGAAGGAAUUCUGGGAAUCAGAGAAAGAAUCAGUUGGUGACAGACAGAAAAAAUAUGAAUAAUAAUUCAUAUAUAUAUAUAUAUAUAUAUAUCAUUAUAAAUCAAAUUUAACUUUGUCCCGUGCCCCGUUUUUAGCGCCCCUGACUUAAGGCGGCUAUGUCACGGCCGACAGGUGGCGCUGUGUGAUUUGUUGAUUUGGAAGAAGAAGAAGAGACGUCGACACCAACGUCACGUGACAGG